AUGAGUGCCUUCUCUGCGGCUGGAGCACUGCUCUGGAUGACGCACACACUACUGAAGGAGCACGGGUGGGCUGCGCGUGACGUCGAGACGGAUACGAACCGUCUCCUCGAAAGCUUCGUGGGGGAUGUGAAUCUCCUCCCAACACUGCGCUACCAACUGUCCGAAGCAGCCGAAGAAGACGCAGACGUCCACGUGCGUGGGCUGCUAGUGGGCAGCAAAUUGUUCGUGCACUUCGUAUCGAGCUCCAAGAGUGUCCAACUCCGUCUCAAACUGGAGCGCAACUUGUUCCCAGAGUUCUCGGGUGACACCAACGCAGUCGCUUCCGAUGCAGAACUCAGUCGCCUUCCAGAGGCACUUCUCGUACGAAUUGGCGUGUUUCUGAGUGCUCCUGAAGUCUGUCGCGUCACUCAGACGAGCAAGUAUCUGCAUCAACUUCAAGACUCUUUGGAAAUGUGGCAGCAGCUCCUUGGACGUGACUUCCCGCCGUUGCGAUCUGAGUCCCCGAAAGCUGUGUACAUGUCCAAUUGGACUCAGCAGAAGCUGCUGGAGACAUGGGAACGACACAGACAGGAGUACCAGCGUCUGCAUUAUGAGCAUCUGUUCCACCCUCAGAGACACUGGUGGAGUGGAAGAGUUCCAGCGCAUCCACUGCACGUCCUCAUGCCUCCACCAUUUCUACCACUUGGAGGAGACCCAUUCGCUUAUCGACCGCCACGUCAACCCCCUGUGGCUGACGAUAUCUUGGAGAUGCUGCAAGAUUAUGAGCUGGAAGAAAUCUCGCCUCCUUCUCUGGAAUCGGAGCCAGAGUCGACGCCAUUAAUCGUGUGCGCUGGAAAGAGCGUGUACGGUCCAAUUACGGGAGAAGACCGCCACAAGAGCACCGUAAACCAGCGCAAUGAUGAGCUGGACAAUCCGUAUCGGACUAUCACUCAAACGGCAAUAAUGGAGCUGGAUACGUCGCCUCUACAUCGCACGGAUGAAGAGCUGGAACAGAUAAUUCGCGAGCUACGCGACCAAGUUUUUCUGAAACAAAAUUUAGAAAUCGUUGAAAAAUCUACAUGUCAACAGAAUCGUCGACGCAAACACUUGAAAAAUCCGAUAGAGAAGAUGGAAGCCGUCGUCUCGUCGAAAACACCUGCGACAAUUAGUGAAUCAACUCACGGUCGAGCUUUGCAGCGUCCUCUUUCGAGCUCUCAACUGCAUCGAUUAAUGGCGGAAAACGCACUUCAGAUAGCUGUUCCGGCUGUUAUCUACGAUGCUACAGUCAAAUCUGGGGGUAUUAAUAGUAGAGCCACCGGUAACCAGAUUUCCUCGCUGGAUUUUAGCACCUUACGUUCUAGAUCUAGACCCAACUCCAGCUCAACUUUCCGUGUCAGGGAGAAACCGGCCCAGAAUCCACGUGAUCGGCCAAAACCCACGUCUACAAGCUCGCAGAAAGGACGUGAAUGUGACGACAGUGGCGACGGAUUUCUCUACUUGGUGGAUGUUGACAGUGACCGAGACGUGGAAUCCAACGCGCUCUCCCCUGUUGGACCCUGGAUUGUGGACGGGUUUUCAUCGAUUUUAGACGAAACUCCACGAUCUCCUGUGUCUACCUGCCUCUCGGUAUCAAGUCUGGGAGUCACCGCGUAG